GGUUUGGUGAUUCAGACCUGACGCGAACUGAAAGACCUCAUUUAUCUCCUCAGUGCUCAUGGACGCACCAAAACCCUCCCAAGUUCGAGUCCUCAUACGCCCUCCUCCUUCUCCCAACCCUCCCACCACUUCUUCUCCUUCUCUACCUCCGCCUCCCCCUCUCCCCAACCCCAUUCCCUCCUCAGAUCAUUCUUCCUCCUCUUCUGCAACACCUUCCUCCUCCUCCUCUGCUUCCCCAUCACUAUCUCGCUCUUCCGAUGGUGUGGUGGUUGUUGGCUUCAUUUCCCGGAGACCCGAUGAUUCCACCCAGCUCAUUAACCGAGUUAUCGACUUCAAUGUGUUCGGCUCGGGCAAUCUUGAUAAACGAUUAUUCGUUGACGAAGAGGAAGCCAGAGACUGGUUUAAGUGGAGGAGAAUUAGUUAUUACCAUGAUGACGAAAAGGGGAUAUUAUAUUUGCAAUUCUGUUCCACUAGGUGCCCGGCCAUUGACGGCUUUUCUGAGCCGUCUUCGGGAUUUGAUUCCGUGGUGGAAGAGCACGAGUUCGGAGACCUCCAGGGAAUGCUUUUUAUGUUCUCUGUUUGCCAUGUUUUAAUAUAUAUUCAGGAGGGAUCACACUUUGGUACCAAGAUUUUGAGUAACUUUCGUGUGCUACAAGCAGCCAAGCAUGCUAUGUUUCCAAUUGUAAGAUCCCAGACUACAACGAACAUGUCCUGUAGACCAUAUUCCUCAUCAUUUUCGCGAACCAGCACUUCAGCAAACAAUUCUUCUCCAGGUAGAGGUGGUGUUAUUUCAGGCCGCAAUGCCUCAGCCAUUUCUCUCAUGUCUGGUCUAGGUUCUUAUACUUCUUUGUUUCCAGGACAAUGCAUACCUGUUACAUUGUUUGUUUUCAUUGAUGAAUUCUCCAAUUUACCAAAUCCUAACAGUAAUGGGGAGGACUCUUCAGAUUCCUUCUCACUUAAUCAGUCUUCUAAUUUGAGUGGCGUAGCCAAGACAAACUUGCCUGCUAAAGGUUCUGGUUCGGUAGUUGUGCUGGCACGCCCUGCAAGUCGAUCUGAAUGUGGAUUCAGGAGAAAACUACAGUCUUCCCUUGAAGCUCAAAUUCGAUUUCUGAUUAAGAAAUGCCGUAUACUAUCAGGUUCUGAAUCAAGUUAUUCUAGCAUGAGAACUGGAGGUAGUUCAACUUCUGCUCCUUUAUUUUCACUUGAUGCAUCAAAGGCAGUUGUUUUGCUAGAUCAAUUUUCAAAUCAAAGAGGUGAAUCUCUUGAGUUUGCCACUGGACUUGUUGAAGAUUUCCUGAAUGGGAAAACAAACUCUGAUUCCCUGCUGCUGGAAAGCCAUAGUCAAAGUGCUAGCAAAGAGGAUAUUAUAUCUGUGAAAGAGUUCAUCUACAGGCAGUCUGAUAUUUUAAGAGGGAGAGGAGGGCUGGUUAAUACCAAUAGUGGCUCAGCUGCUGGUGUUGGUAUGGUUGCUGUUGCAGCGGCUGCAGCGGCUGCCUCUGCUGCAUCAGGGAAAACAUUUACCACUCCUGAUCUUCCAAAUUUUGAAGUCUGGUUAUCUUCCAGUCAUCAUAUUUUGAGUAAAAUUCUCUGUGCAAAAGGCUGUUGCUUGGAUGAAUGUGAAACUAUCAAAAGAAGAGCCCGUCCAAGGAACACGGUUUUACCUACAGCUGAUGGAUCUUCAAAGGUUACAGAUCCUCUAGAUGUCACAUUAUCUCGGUUGCAUAGUGGUGAAGGGCUCAUUACAAAGUUUUCAACUUCAUGGUGCCAAAGAGCCAUUCCAGCUGCAAAGGAGAUUUAUUUGAAAGAUUUGCCUGAUUGUUAUCCUACUUCAAAACAUGAAACCCAUUUGCAUAAUGCUUUGAAUGCAUUUUACUCAAUGGUCAAAGGACCUGCUGUGCAACAUUUUGCAAAAAAGUUAGAACAGGAAUGCACUUUAAUUUGGGAAAAUGGGAGGCAAUUAUGUGAUGCUAUUAGUUUAACAGGCAAGCCGUGCAUGCACCAACGACAUGGUGUUGAGACUGGUAAUUCAGAUUUAUCUGAUUCAUUAAAGACACAUUCCAGUGGGUACUUUUUCCUUCGUGCCUGUGCUUGUGGCCGAUCACGACAAUUAUGUCCUGAUCUGUUUGACUUUGAAUCAGCUGAUGCUAGUUGCUUCUCUGACUGUGAUAAGCUACUUCCCGCACUCAAACUUCCAGAAAUCAGGGUCACAGAGCCUAUUCAGUCAUCCUCUUGGAGUUUGCUUCGGAUUGGGGAUGCAAGAUACUAUGAACCUUCUAAAGGCUUAUUUCAAAGUGGAUUCUGUGCCACUCAAAAAUUUCUUCUCAAAUGGACUAUAUAUCCAGAGAAACAGAAAGUGCCAAAUGGUUCAACAGAGAGUAUAGUUAAGCAAGGUUCUAUGACUAGGCCGCCAGUGGUUGAAUUUAUUCCAGAUUCCAAGACAACUGGCAUUGUACAGUCCUACCCUGCUAUACAGAAUGAAGUGGAUGACCGAAGAACAUCUUUAGAUAAUAUGAAAUCUGAUGAUAAAAAAAUAAGUUUUGGUAGAGGUCUUCCCAAUGUCAAAAUGAGAAAACCUUUUUCUGAGGUCGUUGCUGGAUCAGUUGCUGGUGAUUCAGGAUUUCCCCCUCUUCAGCAGAGGAAAUUGCCAACAUCAGGUUCUGAUAAGGGUAUGAAUCAAAGUAGGACAAGUAGUCAGAGUAUGGAACGUGUCAAUGCUGCUGUUGAUCAUGAGGUGUCUCAGAAAUCCUUAGAUAUGUCCCUUGUUCAGGGACCACUUGAUAGCAAUAAUGCUAAUAACUGCAGGGAAGGUGACCCCUUUUUGCAGAUAGGUAGCAAUGUAGUUCCUGUAUAUGUGAAUGAUAGUGAAAGAAUAAACUUUCAUUCUUUUUUGAAGCAUGUAAUAAUAUAUGUUGGAUUUGAGCAUGAAUGCCCCCAUGGGCAUCGUUUCCUGUUAAAUACAGAACAUCUUGCUGAACUUGGAUCUUCAUACUCAUUGUCUGAAGAAUCUCAUAUAACUUCUGCUGAACCUGGACACAGCAGUCUGAAAGAUCAUAGUAAAGUAAACAAGAAUACUCGCUGGGGUAAAGCUCGUCAAAGCUUUGUGUCAGCAAAUAAGGAAAGGGAGCUGGACAAAUCAUGUGAAAUUAUUUCUAUUGGUGAUUCAAGUUCAGAUGGAGUGAUGUAUGCUUCCCAUCCACAGAAGGAACAAAAUGUGACAUCUGUUAGAAUGUUGGCUAAACCUUCUGAUCUUCCAAAAGAUCUUGGCGAGGAUCUUGAAGCUAUUAGCAUGACUGAUGGUGAUCUUGCAUUCUCCAUGUUGAAUCGAAAUUUGCCUGUCUACAUGUUCUGUCCUCAUUGCAGGCUUUCAAGGAACAAGAAGGAUCCACCAAAAGUUAAGUUCGCCAGCACUAUCUCACAGCUUAAAAGGAUUUUUCUGGUGACACCUGCGUUUCCUGUGACAUUAGUAACAUGUCCCAUUGUACAAUUUGAGACAUCAUGCCUGCCUCCAUCAGUCCCAGAUCGUGAACAAAAAUUGCAGUUUGGCCUUGGAUGUCAAGUGGUUUUGCCACCACAGAGUUUCCUUACUCUUAAACUACCAUUUGUAUAUGGUGUGCAACUGGAGGAUGGAAGAAAGCAUCCUCUUAACCCCUUUGAACAACAGCCAGAAAUGACUGCCUGGAUUACCAAGGGUUCAAUACUGAAGAUCUUGUCCAAGGGGACCAAUGAUGAGGGGUAUCAAAAACACUAGAAGAUUAUUAUCCUUUUUUUGGGUAAACACUAGAAGAUUAUUUAAUUUUAGAGUGGCUUUGCAAGAGUGAAUUGGGCAAGGUUGUCAACAGCUUCUCCAAAACUCAGUUUCAUCUAGAAGAGGCUAGAGAGAAAGCAAGGAAGCACUUGUAAUUCCCGAGCCUUAAAUGGAAAAACUGUGACUUGAGCUUUGCAUUCAUUCAUUGGUUAAGUUGUAGCGGGCUUUGACAGCGUUUCUACAAGGUAUUUGAAUUCUUUAUGCCUACUAAUUCGCCUCUUAGUCUGAUGCUGUUUUGGACGUUGUGGCUUCUCAUAGCCUUGUAAGUGGUUUUCUAGCAUGUUCCUCUGCCCUUUUAGAUAUUGACUCAUGGAUAUAUGCAUAUGUCCAAGUAUUGCUGUCUCGAUUGAUUUGGAAGAUAAUGUAUUAUCUUUAAUGACCAUAAAUGUUGCAAAAGGAAAUGACCAUUUUUCUUGACUUAAUGGCGUAGUUCCAAAAUAGGAUGACUACGAAACAACGACAUUGACAUGAUUCAGCACGUACCUUGGACUUCAUGAAGAGUUGUCAUUUCCAUGAUGAUUUGCUUGAUUCGUCCUUUAGAGAAAGGCCAUUUUAGUUAUCUCAUAAUGAUGUCUGCUAUGCAGGAGAAAGGCCAUUUUAGUUACCAUAAAUGUUUCCGUCUUUGCCAUUAAAUUUUGUGUGUGUGUGUGUGUGUGUGUGUUUUUUUUUUUUUUUAACUGCUGUAGACUUGCUAUGAAGGGGCAGUUUUCUUGCAGGAGAAAGGCCCUUCGUGAUGACUGAUGAGUGGAUAGGCGGCUUUGUCUAGUUUGAGGAUGUCAGGAGCCAAGACCAUGACUGGUGUGUUUAACGUAUGCAAGAAACUUGAGAAAAAUAGACCGCACGAGAAACAGGGAUCAGUGCCUUGCUGGGUCUGUAUUCCUUGGUCAGUACGGCUAGAUUGUUAUGACCUUGAGUGGCGGUGAUUUAAAGCAAAACGGACUCAGAAUGGACUUUUUAUGCAGAGCAACAUGCCUCAUGCUUUGGGCGACAUCUAGUGAUUAACAAGCAUAUUUCUGACAUCUGAAACUAAAUCCCAAACGGGUGGUCCGUUGCAUUACCUCUUGGCUCGUCACAAGAUUUAACGCUUCAACAAAAACGCAGUUAGGAACCUACCUAUGUUACAGUUGGAGCCAGUGAUCCACUGUCCUCUCUGCUGACGCCGAGAAGCUCCAUCAUUCUCUCUCGCGUUUUCCACUGGGCAACUAUCUACUGGUCGCCAACACCUGUCCUAUAGUUUAUGGCCUACAGCAUAAGUAACACAAUGGAAAAUAAGGAGUGAGAGGAUAUAAGGUGUAUCCUUUUGGCUAAUUCCUGCGUGGAAGCUUCGAUAUAGGUUCCAUAAAGAUAGGUAAAGCAUGAUGUCCGAAUCGUUACCCAAAAAAAAAAAAGUAUGAUGUCCGAAUCCAAUCUGGACGCAGAAAUCCACAAUUUCAAAAGCUUAAGAAAGCUAACAAAUGCUUGUUAAAGUUUUGCUAAAGAAAUAUUCCUCAUAACUACUGUCAAUUUCUUCUAGGUUAUUGUUUGGUAAUGUUGCAUGCUGUGUUUAUUGCUA